AUGUUUGCUCAGAGGAUAGGCUACGUUUCGAUGUUUCUUUUAAUAUGUUAUUUAGGAGCAGAAGGCGUUAAUGGGCAAGAAAUACAAUUGCCUCCUGGCCAAGAGUGUCAAAUGACUCCCGUAAUACAUGUUCUUCAACACCCUGGUUGCGUUCCGAAACCGAUUCCAUCUUAUGCUUGCAUUGGAAAAUGCACAAGCUAUGUACAAGUGUCUGGCAGUAAAAUUUGGCAAAUGGAACGUUCUUGCAAUUGUUGCCAAGAAUCUGGAGAACGAGAAGCAUCUGUGGUUCUUUUUUGCCCAAAAGCAAAGAGCGAGGAAAAGAGAUUCCGUAAGGUAUCUACAAAAGCUCCUUUGGAAUGCAUGUGUCGUCCUUGUGGCAGCGUCGAAGAAAGUUCUGUCAUACCACAAGAGAUAGCUGGAUAUGCAGAUGAAGGCCUUCUACAAAGUCAUUUUAGAAAUAGUCUUUAA